AUGUCUGAUCUGGGGGAAGGUGGCAGUGCGUGGGCGAAGGGCGGCAUGAGCGGGAGCCAGGAUGACGCGGGUGGACCACGCUACACGGCUUGGGUUCUAGUGGCCACGCUGGUCGCUGUCAUUGGCGGCACCUUUCAGUUUGGAUACAACACUGGAGUCAUCAACACGCCCCAGGAUGUGAUCGAGCAGAGCUUAUCCGGAUGUAACACAUCAGUUAACUGCAACUCAACCAUCACCACUGUGCAGUGGAGCACGGCCGUAUCCAUGUUCGCCGUGGGAGGUCUCUUUGGUGGGCUGGGGUGUGGGCCCUUCAUCAGCAUGCUUGGCCUGCGCACAACGUUUGCACUCAACAACAUCAUCUUGAUUGGCGCUGCGCUGAUGAUGGCGCUUGCACCCACCAUCAAGCUCUUCACCGCCGGCCGGUUCCUCGUCGGUCUCGGCAGCGGCGUCACAACCAGCAUGGGGAUCCAUGACGCCCUGGGCACAGUGAGCUUGUGGCGCUAUCUUCUCGGGUUCUCGCUGCUGCCCGCGUGCCUGCAACUCGCCACCAUCUUCCUUGUGCCGGAGUCGCCAAGAUGGCUCUUCCUCUCCCGCGGGCGCGAGACAGAUGCCCGACGACACCUGCGCCGGCUGCGCGGUGGUGAUGAGAGCGCAGUCGAAGGCGAGAUGCAACGGAUGCAGCAAGAACAGGACGCACAGGCGGCAAUUGAGGUGCUGGGCGUGUUUGAGCUGCUACGAACACGGUCAUUGUGGAAGACGCUUGUGAUUGGCAUUACGCUGCAGGCGUGCCAGCAGCUCUCCGGCAUCAACGCAAUCUUCUACUACUCGAGCUCCAUCUUCAAGGACGCGAACGUCAACAACGGCGACGUGGCAACCGCCAUCGCUGGCGUUGUGAAUGUGGUGAUGACCGUGGUGUCUGUUGUGCUGAUUGACCGGCUCGGGCGGCGGCCGCUGCUGCUGUUUGGUCUCUUCGGUAUGGCGGCCUCCUACGCCCUCCUCACAGUGUCCGUGUACACGGAGGACAAGGCGAGCUUCAUGUCGAACAUCAGCGUCCUCUCUGUCAUCCUCGUCAUCGUUUGCUUCGCUGUAGGGCCCGGUGGCAUUCCCUGGCUCAUGGCCGCUGAGCUGUUUCCUGCGCAGGCCACUACCUCCGCCAUGUCGCUGUGCGUCGCGUGCAACUGGAUCUUCAACUUUGUUGUUGGCAUUUCCUUCACGCCACUCCAGAAAGCCAUUGGCCACAAUGUUUUCAUUCCCUUUAUUGUCCUCUGCUCUUUGUUCGGCCUCUUUGUUCUCGUGUUCGUGCCAGAGACGAAAGGCAAGACCAUUGACCAGAUCCAGCAUGAGCUGAAUCCGCACACGCGCAAGGUUGAGCAGACUGUACAGGUGGACCAGUAG